AUGAUGAUGACGAUGACUGGCCGUGUGCUGCUGGUGUGUGCCCUCUGCGUGCUGUGGUGCGGUGCCGGCGGUGGUGUACGAGCUGAAACACCUCAAGGUUUUUCGGGUAAUCCGUCCGAAAAGGGCACUAAAAACGACAAUGCGACCAGCGUUCGCGCUGGAAAAGGUGACCAAAGUGGUCAAAAGGCAGAGCCUCAAGAAACAUCACCAACGGGGUCAGGAUCACCGGAAGCGGCACCGGGCCCGUCACCGGCACCAAAACCCGGAGGAGAAGCAUCAGAUCCGACAAAUACAACGACGGAGAGCACGGAUCAAAAACAAGAAGAAAAGAAGGAACAAAAGAAUGAAGAAGCUAAGGAUGGGGAGGAAGACGAAGAAGAGGAAGAAGAGGAAGAAGAGGAAGGGGAAGAAGAGGAAGAGGAAGGGGAAGAAGAGGAUGGUGCGAAAGAAAACGGGGAGACAAAGAAAGAAGAAACUGAUACCGGCACCACAGAGAGGACCUUAGCAGGCGGUCAAGAGCAGCCAAGUUUAUCUUCUGCUGCGGAGGGAGCAUCGAAUAUAACAAAUCCCAACAGCACACCAACAACUGGAGACGGUGAUUCAGCAGCUGAUGGUGCAGGGACAGCAGAGGGAAAACAAAAUGAAAAUAAAGAUGCCAAUCCGAAAGAAACACCAGUGACGGCCACAGCCAUGAAAAACACAACGGCGACGACUGGCGACAGUGACGGCAGCACCGCGGUCUCCCACACCACCUUUCCUCUUUUGCUUCUUCUUGUUGUUGCGUGUGCGGCUGCUGCUGCGGUGGUGGCCGCGUGA